GAAAAUAAUCGUUGUAGACGCUGACCAACUUAUCUUGGACUACAGAAAACAAGACUAAACUUAAAUUAGUACAUCACUACGACUCUCUCGUCCACUCUAUUUCAAAGAUUCUACAUUCAUUUGUGGCACUACAACCUCAAGAGGUCAUUACUAUCUUUCCUUGACUUCUUAUUUACCCGUAGCAGGAUAGUCAUUGUUAAGUCAUGUUAAAAGUGACGAAACCAUGGAUAAACUGAUCAUGUCAUGAGAAUGAUAUCGGACGACCCAACCCAAAAUUUCCUUCCAAGCCUAUCACGAGGAUGGUCCAAAAUAAUGCGAUAAUCUAACUUUUACUGUUUAAAGCUAAUCAAAUGGAUUAGUAAAUAUUUUGCUGUGCAAAAAGUUUUUGGGGUCAAACCUUCUGUUUUCAUACAUUAUGACAUACGGCACAUCGUAAAACGUUGUUGUCUUUUGAAUUAUGAAGGCCGUUAUCAGAUACCCUAGAAUGCGAUGCGCUAACCAAAUUGCCGUAAUUCAGUUUGUCACUUCAGAUAACUUACUCCACAAAAAAAAAGAAUGGUAAUAAUUCUUUAUCUUGUGUGCGAAUUUGGUGGUUGACCUACAAACCUCCAUUCACGUGUGGUUUGUGCUGAAAAAUUUGGGUAUAAAAAUGGCACCCCACGAUCAUAGUUCACAGUUCACAGUAGAAGUUUGGAACGAAUCAAGCAAGUUGAGCUUAAAAUAUGGCCAUUAAACUUUGUGUGUUGAUUGUACUGUUGGGCGGUACCUUUGCCAGCGAGCAAAGUGCAAUUAAUGGCACGGAUGUCGAUUGGUCCAAGGUACGAUCCAUCGACGAGUUCGAUCACUAUUGGACAAGGCUCCCGGUGGAGUUGCAGCAGAUACGCAAUACGUUACCAAGUCCUGCGAGUCGCAUUGUAAACGGGUACGUUGCUAUACCGGGCCAGUUCCCAUAUCACGUGGUGCUACUGUCCGAAUUCACGCUAGGUACAUCGUUCUGUGGAGCAACCGUACUGACCAACAUCUUUAUCCUGACGGCUGCCCAUUGUGUGGCGGAAGGUGCAGGAAUAAAGGCAAAUGGAGGUCUCGCCAUUAUGGGUGCGUACGAUCGUACCAUUGUUGAACCAGAGCAGCAGCGUAUUAGAUUCAAUACGGCAGGCAUUACGAUCCAUCCAGGAUAUUCGUUCGUUAAUGUACGCAACGAUAUAGCGACGGUACUGUUGAAUGCACCCAUCAGUUACACGGCCCGCAUUCAGCCGGUGCUUCUGCCUGAACCAACCGAUCAGCGAACGUUCGUCAAUAUGCAGGGCACCGUGACUGGGUACGGGCGUACAUCCACGGUCAGUACCACAAUGUCCCGGUUCCUGCGCUACACGCUCAAUCCGAUCAUUACGAACGCCGAGUGUGUCUUGUACUGGUCUGCGUUCUACGUGGAAGAUCAAAACAUGUGCAUGAGUGUCGCGAGCGGAAGGUCUCCUUGCAUCGGUGAUUCUGGCGGCCCGUUGUUGGUGAACGGUGCGUUUGGACCAAUGCAGGUGGGCAUCGUAUCGUUCGGUGAAGCGGUCGGUUGUGCUGUUAGCUAUCCAUCCGUUUAUGCACGCAUCACACACUUCCUGCCGUGGAUUUUGGAGAAUUCGGAUUACUAAUAGAGGAAGUGCACUUAUAUUUAUAUAAAGCGGUUUAAGUUUUGUUUAGGAAUUCUGUCCUAUU